AUGGUGGAAGGGAUCAAGGUCGGCAUUGUCGACAGGGACCCUGAAGCCAAUUUGUCAGCUGAGCAGCUGGACCUGCUCCAGGGCGCCAUCCUGAGGCAUACCCUCAGGAAGGAGGAAAAGGGAGCGGGAAUCCGCUUCUUGAGCUGCACUCAUAAGCCGGGUUGGCUCAUGAUUAGAUGCGCGGACGAGGCUACUGUCUCAUGGCUUGAAAACUGCUUGUUGCAGAUCAAGCCGUGGGAUGGGGCCAACCUCCGCAUCGUUCAGGGAACGGAGCUGCCAAAGCCCUACGUAUGCGUAGCAUACAUCCCUGAUCCUCCACUAGGAGAUCGACCCUCACAGGAUGAGGUGCUGACAGGUCUGAGUGUGAUGAACCCAGACCUGGAAGCAGAGAGCUGGGCGGUGUUACACCACCAGGUUUCAGGGCCGGGCCGGACAUGGACCUUCUCUGUAGAUGAGAGCUCCAUGUCUAGGCUCAAAGCCCUGAACAUGAUGCCCUACUAUGGUUUCGGGAGGGUUACCUUCCGGGCCAAAGAAAAGGGCAUGGGUGCCGACAAAGAGUCGGACACCCAAACAAAGAAAGAGGAAGGAGGGGCCAAUCCCUCCACCUCCGUUGGCACAUCCAAAGGUGAGCUCGCUGAGGGAGAGAGGUCUAACUCUGCUCCCUCGACAAGCAAAGCGCCGCAGGCGUCCCUUCCCACCGGGGCUCUUCCCAAGGCUGGUAAAACGGCCAGGAAGGGGCCGGCGGUGGGAAGAAAGAAGUAA